AUGAAUUCUGAACAACCAACGAAACGAUUACCUCGACCUGAUCUUCGUCUGAAUCCAUCAAAAUGGAGUGCUGCACAAAGUGGUGGAAUUGCUUCAAGAGUUGCAGUAAUUGCAACUGUAACAGCUAUUAUCGGGGGAUUAGGUCUUGUAUUUGUCUAUCCUUAUCUGAAUAUUGAUCGAUAUCGUAGCAUUCAAAAAGUGAAUCGAGCUGGAAUUAAUCCUGAAGACACACAACCAGCUGGUUUGCCUGUAUGGCGUGAUCCAUUUGAUCGAAAAAAAGCUGGAUAA